CUGCUGACCUGCAGCCUGUGGCCGGUUCGGGCGGACAACGCGAGCCAGGAGUACUACACGGCGCUCAUCAACGUGACGGUGCAGGAGCCUGGCCGCGGCGCCCCGCUCACGUUCCGCAUCGACCGCGGGCGCUACGGGCUCGACUCGCCCAAGGCCGAGGUCCGCGGGCAGGUGCUGGCGCCGCUGCCCAUCCACGGCGUUGCUGAUCAUCUGGGCUGUGAUCCUCAAACACGGUUCUUUGUUCCUCCUAAUAUCAAGCAGUGGAUUGCCUUGCUGCAGAGGGGAAAUUGUACAUUUAAAGAGAAAAUAUCACGGGCUGCUUUCCACAAUGCUGUUGCUGUAGUCAUCUACAAUAACAAAUCCAAAGAAGAGCCAGUCACCAUGACUCAUCCAGGCACUGGAGAUAUUAUUGCUGUCAUGAUUACAGAAUUGAGGGGUAAGGAUAUUUUGAGUUAUCUGGAGAAAAACAUCACUGUACAAAUGACAAUAGCUGUUGGAGCUCGUAUGCCGCCAAAGAACUUCAGCCGUGGCUCUGUAGUCUUCGUGUCAAUAUCCUUUUUUGUUUUGAUGAUUAUUUCUUCCGCAUGGCUUAUAUUCUACUUCAUUCAGAAGAUCAGGUACACAAAUGCACGUGACAGGAAUCAGCGUCGUCUUGGAGAUGCGGCCAAGAAAGCCAUCAGCAAAUUGACAACCAGGACCGUGAGAAAGGGUGAUAAGGAAACAGACCCUGACUUUGAUCACUGUGCAGUCUGCAUAGAGAGUUACAAGCAGAAUGAUGUUGUCCGGAUUCUCCCCUGCAAGCAUGUUUUCCACAAAUUCUGUGUGGACCCCUGGCUUAGUGAACAUUGUACCUGUCCUAUGUGCAAGCUCAAUAUUUUGAAGGCCCUGGGAAUUGUGCCAAAUUUGCCCUGUACUGAUAACGUAGCAUUUGAUAUGGAAAGGCUCACCAGAACACAAGCAGUUAACCGAAGAUCAGCCCUCGGUGACCUGGCCAGUGAUAACUCCCUUGGCCUGGAGCCACUGCGAACUUCGGGGAUGUCACCCCUUCCUCAGGAUGGGGAACUUACUCCUAGAACGGGAGAAAUCAACAUUGCAGUAACAAAAGAAUGGUUUAUUAUUGCCAGUUUUGGCCUCCUCAGUGCUCUCACACUCUGCUACAUGAUCAUCAGAGCUACAGCUAGCUUGAAUGCUAAUGAAAAUGCAGGACCAGAGAUCACGGAGCCAGUUGACUACAGGGUAGAAUGGUUUUGAAGAAGAAAAAGGCUGCUUUCUGACUGACUGCCUUGAAGG